AUGGCGGUCGCGUCGUGGACCUUUCGGUGCAGUGCAAUGAAAAUAGAAUGCUGCCGAUUCAGGCAGAUUGAAAACCAAAACAAAUUAGAUACAGGAGAAAAAAAUCUGGAAGAGGCACUUCUUAAACCCUUCACAAGCGAUGGAUUUAGAUAUCCCAAAUCUUCCAAAAUAUCUUGUUACAGGUUCAGAUCUGGCCAGGAGUUUGCAACUUUCACUGCUACCUCUGGGAUCCUGCCCAAGGCGUGGGAGGCGAUAUGUAGUAUUUCCAAAAAUAGAGAAGAUAGUUUUCUUCUGAUAAAAGAUGGAGGUGUAGUAUAUGUGGCCUUCCCCUCGUUUCAUAAAGAAGAUUAUAUUGUCCCGGAUAGCAAAUAUGGAGAGUGCAAUAUCAAGAAUUGCAAAAUCUUCUCUGCCGGCCUGAAGGGUGAUGAUGCUAAACCGGCUUUUAUUCACAAGGGAGCUCUCAACCGAUUCCUGCAUAUUCUGGAAAGUUCAGAUUUCAAAGCCAAGAUGCAAGGUUUAAAGGAACAAACCAUUAUGUUUGUGGGCCAUUCCGUAGGAGGCGCAGUUGCAGCUCUGGCCACUCUCUGGUUUCUAGAAAAAAGGUUGAGAAACUUCAAUUCGUUUUGCAUUACAUUUGGUGCUCCUUUGGUUGGCAAUGCCACUAUUCAGGAGGCUAUUGGGCGCGAGGAUUGGUUGGGCAGAUUUUGUCACGUUGUAUGCAGGUAUGAUAUUGUUCCUAGGAUGAAUCUUGCACCAUAUGAUUCAAUUGCCAAGCCUUUGGAUGCAAUUGUACCUCAGUGGCGGAGCAAAAUGGGCAUUAACUGUGAUUCUGUGUCGCAUCUUUCUAUCUCCGAAGCUCGCAUCACGCUAAUUAACAAUGUCCUGAAGUGCACAGCUACAAUACCAAACAAUUACCCAGGCGAAUAUGGUCUUAGAAGUCCGUUUGUACCAUUCCGUACCUAUGUGUUCUGUUCAACCCAUGCUGCAGCUUGUUUUGAGGACUCUGAAACUAUCCUUAAGUUGCUGCAAUUCACAAUGCAAAGCCAAGAAGGAAUACCAUUUGAUCAAAUUGCAGACACCUGUAUUUCAGAGCACACAGAUUAUGGCCAUAUGUUGGAAGGUAUCGAUGAAGACUUGCUAAAUGCAGUAAGAUUUGUCUCAAAUUCCUCUGUUAUGGGAAUAGCCUUGGAAUCAGAAGCAAUCGGUGUUGGAACUCAGGACAAUGAUACAUUAUUUGGUCUCAGAAAAGCUGGAGAGGUGAGAAUUGAGAAAUAUAUGAACAUCGAGAAACUUAAUGUGGAGUUGCGAAACUCAAUGGCGAGUUAUAUGGCAGAGCUGGAACCGUAUGAAAUGCUUUGUAAGGGCAACAACACUGCCUAUUAUGACGCUUUCAAACAGCAUGACAAAAAGAAAUAUUUUCGUGUAAAUUUGGCCAGAACAAAGUUGGGAGAAUUCUGGGAUAAGAUUGUUGAGACGGAAGAGAAACAUGUGUUGCCCAGUGACUUCCGAAGCAGAGAUAAAUGGAUCAACGCUGGCACUGCAUAUAGAAGCCUUGUAGAGCCUUUGGACAUUGCAUACCACUACAGUUCAGAGAAGGGAAACGAAAAAAGCUAUCUUUCAGAUGGGGUCCGACCGCAUCGUCACAUAUUUCUGGAGAAAUGGCUUGAGGAAUAUAGUUCCGGAUAUGUAGAAAAGGACUCAUGUUUCUGGGCUCGUUUAAAAGAGACUCGUAAAGCCUUGAAAAAUGUCCAACAAGAGCAAGAGACGCGUGCCUCUAUGACAGAUUGUAUCGAAUUUGAAAUGUACGUUGCGAGCAUGAUCGAUGACGAGAGUAUUCCCUUAGAGGUUUUCGUGGAGGGAAGUAGCUUCAUGAUUUGGUGGCAACAAUACUGUCUUCUUCGAGUUGAAAACUAUUAUUGGAGAUCAAGCUCUCCCUUGUACGAAUGCAUGAUGAACGAGAGUUGGAAGUGA